AUGGCUUCGGCUACGCAGGUUACGCUGCUUGGCAGCUCGAAUCCUUCUCUCACGCUUCAAAUCAAGCCAGUAGAUGGCUUGAAUGCCGAUUCACACGCUUCUAUGGACGAAGCAGCUCACUUGGCUGGCCUCUGUCGUGCUGCUCUCAACGAUCUGAAUAAUCACAUGGUCGACAUCCUUAGGCCUUCGCAUGGCUACACGGCGGACGAUAUCCUCGAAUUGCCACUCGACAAACACAGGAUCGAAGAUGUCCUGCACGACCUGCCCAGCCGGAAAUCGACUCGACACAACCUCGCCGUCGCUGUGUCGUCGCUACUGCACCCGGUCCACGACGGCUCGCUGACGUCCAUCAUUCGCUACGACGCCGACCGUGUCCGUCUUCGCGCAUGGGCUUCUCUCCAGCGUCGCUAUGAUUUGCUGCAGGCCACCAAACGCAAUGGCAAAAUGGCUCCAGGCAUGACUGGAGGCGUGGAACCUGGCGUCCAAGCCCCGGCUUGGGCUAGCCGCAUCACCGGACAGGGACCGUGGGAUGCCGUCAAGAAACCCAUAUCACUUGGCGGCCCGAAAGCUAUUCCCAUGCCAGUACAGAUUGCCCAGGCAGAAGAGCUGGCGCCAUUCUUUGAGCAUCUGUCCAAAAGCGGCGAUCACGAGAUUGACGGUGUGAACGGUGCUGUUGAGCUCCAUGAUGGCAACGGCGAGCCGUACUACAGCGUCCGUGGCGCAGAGUUCCGUCGAGGAGUCGUGUAUGAAGAUGGGCGGAUGGAUCUCUGCAAAAUGGUUGUCGGCCCUGAUCAUAUUGGUCAGUUGAUGGAGAGCUUGCGGAUGAAUACCCACGUUCGGCAUUUCCUGCUGGGCAAUAACAUCAUUGGCCCGACUGGCGUCCAGGCCAUUGCUCGGUUCAUCAGCGACUUCCCAGAUCGCAUGGAUACUUGGUAUCUUGCGGGCAAUUGCAUCCAAGGCGGGGAGAGCUUCAAGACUCUGGUGGAUGCGCUGGUCAAGUCGCCUGCCGUGACCAAUAUCUGGCUGAAACGCAAUCCGCUUGGGCCUAAUGCCGCCGAGGACGUGUAUCGUCUCAUCACCGAGACGAAGAACUUGAGCACGCUGGAUCUUGAUCAGACCGAGCUUGGAGAUUGCGGCGUCGCUGACUUGUUUACCCGUCUGGCCGCUUAUUCUUCCCCUGAUGGGAACAAGUUGCCUUUGAGACAGAUUUACUUGAACGGCGUUGGCAUGUCGACCAAGGGAGCUGCUGCUAUCGGCAAAUUCCUCGCGUCGCCGUAUUGUGGUGUAACCUCGAUUUAUAUGUCACUCAAUCCGCUUGGAGAUGAGGGCGUCCAGGCUCUCGCUGAAGCACUGCCCAAGGCACCGUAUCUGGCUCGACUGCUCGUACAAUCGGUUGGAGUCAGCACCCAAGGUGCCGUGGCGCUGUGCAAAGCCCUGACUGGACAUCCCAGUAUCCGGACUUUUGAUCUUGGUCAAGCCUAUGCCACUGAGGAUCUCAGCCAGGCUUACAAUUACAUCGAAGAUGAAGCCAUCCCGGCUAUGUCGGAACUCUUUAUGAACACGCCUCAGUUGCAGUACUUCAACUUGGGUCACUGUGCUACCACGCCUCCUGGUCUCCUCAAGCUGACGCCGGCGAUUCUGGAGAACCCAAGCUUGAUAUACUUCUUUGCAACAUCAAUCUUGGCUGACCCGACUAGGAAAUCCGUGACAUUUGUUCCGUCGAUUGACUCGGCAUUCCCUCACCCAGAUGCUCCUUCUACGGAGCAGAUCAAGUCUGAAAAGGCGAUCCGAGAGCACCUCGAGUCCAAUGUGAGGAAGACCUUUGGCGAGGACGUGUCGUACGCGGACUUCAUGGCCGAGGAGAAACGCUGGCUGGUCAGCGACAAGGUAGUUCGUAAAAUCGACAGCGUGUAUCGGAAUCGGGAUGCUGGACUGGCCCGUCGCCGCUUGCUGACUCUGGUUAAAGAUUGGCAGCAAGGCGAUGAGACUUUGCAGCGGGUUAUGGAUGCUGGACAGCACUGA